GCUAGACAAGACAGAAAGAGAAAGACACACACACGGACAUCAGGAUUUUUCAGGCAUCUCUAAAACCACAGAGCUGCAGUUACCGUGACUUGACUUUGACAGAAGCUAAUAAAAUGUCAGCUCUGAAUUCCAGUCAACCUUGGUAUUGGACAAACAGCACUGGGACCUUCUACAACUACCUCAGCUUCCAAGUACAAAAAAUUUACCCUUUCCACGAUAACUGGAAUACAGCUUGCUUUGUUAUUCUAAUUAUUUUCAUUAUCACAGUCAUUUCUUUGGCUGUGCUGGCUUUUCUCUACGAGAUUCUUGACUGUGGCUGUUGUUCCAAAGAGAAAACUGUGAAAGACUUGCAGAAUGAGUCAAGUUCUGUCAGAGCCAUGAUUGAAAGAGUACGGAAUCGUAAUACAGAAGUUGUCUAGGAUAAAAGAUAAUCUAUAUUGAAGAAAGAAAGACUUUACACGGCAUGAAUAAAACAAAUGGAAUACUGUGGUUUUAGUGUAUGUUAUUUAGCAAAAACUGUUUUUUAUGUAUCUUAAAGCACAACUGUUUACAAAGUCAGAUGUGUUCCAGAUGCUUAAAGGAAAAAGACAGCAUUGCUUUUUCCUUUGCCUUAUUUUCCCAACAAAGAACAAGCCAUUAGUGUUUCUAAUGUUAUACAAAACUGAAGGCAUUCUAUAAAUAAAAAGCAAACUACAACACGUGA